AUGCCUGCCUCAGUAGCAUCAGCGCCCGUCAGACACACCCCCAACAAGACGACUCCCACAAGAAACGUCAAGAAGGCAGGCACAGCCGCAACCAAGAAGCCUCAAACAAACGGCGCCGUAAACGGAGCCACAAACGGAGCAUCGCACCCCCAAAUGUCACCUUACACCAUCAUGGCCUCGAGAAUCGCCAACCGCGUCGCCGAAAUGGCAGAAAACAUGACGUUUGUCGAGCGAGAAAAGCCUCAGCCACAAAAUGGCGCCGUACAACCGCAACCCGCGCCCCGCAAGCCCCCGCGAAAGCUCGAAAUGCGCAUCCCCAACAGCGGCGCUUCGCCCACAAACAUCACUUUUAGCGCGCCCUUCCUCGAUAAUACGCUGUCUAAGCUGUUGACGCUGCAGAACCGCAUGUUGACUGUUAGCAACGACAUUGCUGCGUGCGAGGAUGUGGAUGAGAAGACGAAGCAGGAGCAGUUUGCCCAGAGUGCCGAGUUGAGCCGCAUCAUCGCCCUGAUUUGUGCUGAGAAGGCUAGGCAGGGUGCUUAGUUCUUUUUUUCAUUUCUUUUGCUUUGCUCAGUUUCGGCUUGAAUGGCAACAAUCCUGUCUUCACCACGUUAUUCAUUUUCCAUUUCAAUUUUUUCUUCUUUUACAGUGGCGUUUGGAGGACUGCGUUUUUCCAUAUGUAUAACGAAAUAGGUGGCUUUAUUUUUUUUCAAACACAAAUAAGCAGGGCUUGUUUUUUUGUACGAAUAGUCAUAGAUGAGAAUGACAAACGAAAAAUCUUAAUACUACUGCAAAACUCUUUUUCUUGGGUGGUUGCUGUUCUCGUGAUGUCGUCUGGUAAGGUUACCCCUGAAACAAAAGUAAAAUGGCCUUCUC